AUGCAUUGGUAUAUCCACGUUCACCAUGCUGGCAACAAAGGAACUCAGUACACCCACAAGUACACUAAUUGCCUUUCUAUGCUCCCGCAGCGUCUAGCAUCCAAGGUCUUUGUGGAGAUGUUCACACGCAAUUACAGUGACAACGCUAUGAUCGAUGCUGCGUAUAAUGAGGCGUUGCGCAAGCGGACGAACCCUGGGACUGGUCGCCAGAGAACCUCUGUAAAGAGGCAAAAGGUGAGUGAGCCUGUCAAUGAUGACAAUGAUCAAGAUGAGGCUGAGAGCGGGUCUCAGCGAGAUGAACAUGGUGGCCAGGGGGGCGAGGGCGAGGACAACGUUGAAGACCAAGAGGAGACUGCUGCCGGCCGAGCAUGGAAAGACCAAGCAAAAUCUGAGCACCUAGAAGCGAAAGCUCUCGACGCAAAGACAGCAGAAACCCACCGAGAACGCGUAAGAAAGCUCGGCCCUUUCUUCGCGCUGCCUGCAGAAAUCAGGAAUCUAAUCUGCGAGCACUGCCUGAUUGCUGAUCGCGACCUCGCCAUCUCUACAGACGGCGGUGGGUUCGAACUCAACGAAAAGACUCACUAUCUGAGCACAUGGGCAAGUCGCCCAAAAUCAGGACACUUCAACGCUUCCCUUGCUCGCAUGUGCAAGCAGAUCAACGUCAAAGCCGGCUGGUGGCUCUGGGGCAAAAAUACGCACGCAUUCAUUGACAAUUCGACGGCGUGCAGCUUCCUCGUUCGCUACGCUUCCAAGGGGCAAGAGAUACGUUGCGUUCGCAUCAAUCUAGAAAUAAAAUACAAGCGGAGAGAGCAGACUGGGGUCUUUGGCUAUCUGGCAUUCCUGAAAAAGUUGGAGCGCCUGGAAAUUUUCGUCGACUUCUGGAGCCGUGGAAGGAGAACCGGCACCUUGCUAACCGGAGAUCGGCCGUUAUCCAGUGAUGCGGAUUUGGACGGAAACUGGUUCUACCACGUAGUUCAUCCGUUGCUGGAUGCUGUGGCAUUGCGAAACGAGAAUGAUCAUCAGGCUGUAGUGAAUGUGCUUAUUUUCCAAGAUUAUACUUCCCAAUUUAAGAGAAAGGACAAGAUGCUCCAGUCUAUCGCCGCGCUGAAGGAUGUCAUCAUAACUGAACUGUAUAUAGCACUGAGCGACUUGGCUGGUAGAAGCUAGCUCAGACAUCUUUUUCAGGCCCAUGUUGGGCAUCUUGUAGUCUAUGGCAAGCUGGUAGGCACCUUAGAAACUUAAACCAAAG